GCCACAUCCUUCUCCGAUGUUCCCAUAAAAUUCAUGGGGGAAUACUGCUGACAUGUCCAACUCAUCCCUCCUCAACCCUCAUCAUCUGCGCGUAAGAAGCCGGUCUGGCUCGGAGCGUUUCUUCCAUGGGCGAGGUGCACCGAGGCAGUCAGUGGUUGAGUGCGGGUGCCACUUAGGAUCUAUAAGGCUUUGCGCGAAUACUGCCUCGGGACUUAUCGUGGUAUUGGGGCCCCGGGGUACCUUGAUCUCUGCGUAGUUUUGUACCUCUUUGUCGCGUUAGGAAGCCUCUUCAUUGUACCGUAUUCUCUGCCGCUUCUUGUCUUUGUUGUCGAUGGCGGUUAAUCACCGAGGACGGAUGGCAGGAAACGUGUGCCAAAGGCUUUGGCAUGGAGCAUGGGGUGGUCAAACAGGCCUGCUCCCGACACUAGAUGUCUAGUUAUGAGUCAAGGAUAGCAGGCAGGUUGCAAGCGGUUGUGCGGCAGCCUUGUCCAGUCAUCUCGUGGCAUGUGUAUUCAUCCGUCGGUGCCGUAGGAUCCACCGCUGCAAAAAAAAAAACAAAAAAAAACACUGGACUACAAGUACUCGUAGUUCGCUAACGUUGAUUUUUCUCUGCGACGUCGUUACCAGCCGAGACUUCCCAGAGUUUGAAGUGAAUGAAGAUAUGGAUAUGACAUUGGCCUCUUCGCCCUUCGCCCACCAAUCUGGUUGUGGACAAGUUGAAAAGAAACUGGAGAAACGUUUUUCGACGUAUCACUGAUGCUCGGGACAUCGUCGAUGAUCGGAUGAUUGACCCUGGCGAUUGAGUUGCGCGUAGUGACGUCUUGUUCGUCAUGGCAAGUCGGUGAUCGGCUUUGAGGCAGUUCACCAGCCGACCGUCUCACUGAGGCCGGUUCUGUGCGAACAGCGACGGGCUCGCUUUUCCGUGAUUGGCAAUCUGGAUCGUGCCUAUCCACAAAUUGGCAGUUUUGGAGACGAGAGAUGAUGAAAUGGUUCUCUGGUUCCAAGUACGUAUUUGUCGCAUGUAGGUGAUGGAUUGCAACCUGACGUGGGUGUGGUAGGUCGACGGACUUGAACGGGCUCCAUUCUUUCAGAAACCAUGACCAUGUCGGGGGAUUCCAGGAUCCCAAGGAUUCCAGGUCUCCAAGAGACUGGGUCGAUCACGUAACGGUUUGGAUACUGCUCCGUCCUCUCUGCUCUGCUCGAGACGGCCGUCUCUAACACGAUAUGCACGGGCAGUCGAGGCCUCUCCUUUGCGAUGCCCUUGAAGGCGCUGUACUUCUCUCUCUCUCUCUCUCUCUCUCUCUCUCUGUGUCACUCUCUCACACUCUCACUAUAUCUCUGCCU